AUGGAGAUGAGCAAUGCAGAGCUGCGUACGCAAGAUGUGGUCAAAGUGCUGACGAAUGAGCACACCAAGCUGCAAGGCGAGAAGAUGACGAUGGCAACGACAUCGGUGAAGGCUGAAGAUGCGACAAAGGCAUUCAGUACCGAGCGCGAGCCCUACCAAUGCACGUAUUGUGGCAAGGUCGGGCACACGGCAGAGCGUUGCUGGACGAAGCAAAAGGAUGAAAGUCGAGGAGCCCGACGCGGCGGCAAUGGUCGUGGACGCGGGGCAAACAAUGUCCAGUGGCUACAUUAUGAUGAAGGCAGCAGCUACGAUCGAGUGACGUUUGCAGUUUCGUUCGAAUGCGGCGUUUCGACGAGCAAGAAUGGAUCAGGGAUGUGGGCCGUUGACAGCGGGGCAACACAUCACAUCUGCCACGACAAGUUCAAGUUUACAAGCUUGGUCGAAGGCAAUGAUGGCGAGAUCCUGGUGGCUGAUGGCAACAAGGCAGCUAUCAAAGGUGUGGGGACUAUCGUUGAAAAGGUGGUCCUGCCUAACGGGGAUGAGCGCGAGAUCGAGAUCAAGAACGCGCUCUAUGUGCCCAGCAUGAGCAAAAAUCUGCUUUCGGUGCCGCAGAUUAACAAGCAUGGCAACUUCCAAGUGGUAUUCGACGGGGCUACGAUGUACGUUGCGCGCAAGGAUUCCAACCAAGUGGUGGCAGCUGCCGAUCUUGUAGAUGGACUCUACUGGCUUCGCACGACGAAGCGAUCGGCCAAUGUGGCAUCACGCGGCAACGCUGUUGAUCUACACGCGCGAAUGGGUCAUGCUCCAGUCGACGUGCUUCGCAAGAUGGUGACAAGCAACAUGAUCAAGGACGCUCCGAUCUGUUCCAAGUCGAAUGGACCAAGUGCGUGUCGAGGAUGCCAAGAAGGGAAGAUGGUCCAAAAACCAUUCCCGAGCAACCGUGACAAGCGCACCUACAACACCUUCGAGAUGCUCCACUUCGACAUCUGCGGGCCCAUGGAAGAAAAAUCUCUGGGUGGCAGCAAGUACCUGCUGCUGAUUGUGGAUGAAGCCAGCGGGUGCAUGAAGGGAUUUUGUCUUCAUGCCAAGUCGAAGAGUGAAGAGUGCAUCAAGAAGUACAUCACGAUGGUCCAGGCGCAGUUCAACAAGAAGGUCAAGUUUGUGCGACACGAUGGAGCCCGCGAAUUUGCAACGAACUCGCUUCAAGAUUUCUACGAAGGCGAAGGCAUCGAGCAGCAAACCACGGUGCCAUACGCGCAUCAAGCCAACGGGACUGCUGAACGCGCGAUUCGGACCAUCGUAACAAUCGGUCGCAGCAUGCUCCAUCAUGCCAAGCUGGACAAGCGCUUCUGGGCUGAAGCGGCUAUGACGGCUGUCUAUGUCAAGAACCGUCUGCCUUCAUUCAAGAUCUCGCACAAAACACCGUUCGAGAUCGUGUGCGGUUCCAAGCCAAGUGUCAAGCACAUGCGUGUUUUCGGGUGCCAAGCAUACAUCUUGACCCCGAAGGAGAAACGACUCAAGUGGGAUCCCAAGGCUCGUGUCGGCAUCUUCAUGGGCUACGAAGAAGUGUCCAAGGCAUAUCGCGUGUUUGACAUCGAGGCUGGACAAGUUGUGAUCAGCCGUGAUGUCAACUUCGACGAGUCAUCUUUCGGGUUUUCGAUGGAGCCAUCAAGUGAAGAAGUCGGUGAUGCAACGUUGGACCUCGAUCUUCUCGACAUCAACGACAGCGAUGUUAUUGAGGGUUACCGGUACAAUCCGAACUUAAGCGUAGUUUUUACGGGAUAG